CGUGUCCCCGCAGGUCGGGAGCCGCUGGGCGCCUUCGGGCACCGCCCGGCCUCCAAGAAGCGGCGCAAGUCGCGGACGGCGUUCACCAACCAGCAGAUCUACGAGCUGGAGAAGCGCUUCCUCUACCAGAAGUACCUCUCCCCGGCCGACCGCGACCAGCUGGCGCAACGGCUGGCGCUGAGCACGGCGCAGGUCAUCACCUGGUUCCAGAACCGCCGCGCCAAGCUCAAGCGCGACCUGGAGGAGAUGCGCGCCGACGUGGCCUCGCUGCAGGCGCUGCCCCCCGCCGCCCUCGAGCAGCUGGCGGCGCUCCCCGAGCCCCCCCGCGCCCCCGCCGCCGCCCCCGCCGCCGGCCCCGAGCCGCCGCCCGCCGCCGAGCUCUCGGAGGAGGAGAUCGACGUCGGGGACUGAGGCAGCGGGGCCGGGCCGGCACCGGGAACUGACCGCGGGCCGCAGCCGGAACGGGGCGGCCGCGCUGCCCCCGCCCCCGCCGGGGGCUUUGGUGCAAUUUCUCUUUUUUGUCUUUUUUUUUUUUUUUUUUAAUUUUAUUUUCUAUCGUGUCUGUCCCGUCGGUCCGCCCGCGAGGCCCGGGCCGCCCCGCGUGUAUAUAUUUUGAAUAAAGGAGACACCUUAUUAACGAGGA